AUGAGCUCCAAAAGGAGAAGAGCCACUUCCCCUUCCAGUAGUGUGAGUGGCGGCGGUGACUUUGAGGAUGCUUCCUCCUCUACUCCUGGAAGUGGUAGAAAAAGAAGAAGAAUCUCAAAUGUUCCUACGGUAGACCCGAUUGCUGUAUGCCAUGAGUUGUACAACACUAUCAGGGACCACAAGGAUGAUCAAGGGAGGCAUCUUUGUGAAUUUUUCGUGAGAGUACCAAAGAGAAGGAAUCAGCCCGAUUAUUAUGAAAUAGUGCCCCAGCCUAUUGAUUUGACAAAGAUUCAACAGAAGCUCAAGUCAGAGGAUUACAAUGAUGUUGAGCAGUUUACAGCCGAUUUCCAGCUCAUGUUGAAUAAUGCCAAAUCAUACUACAAGCCUGACAGUGAAGAGUAUCGAGCCGCAUGCAAAUUGUGGGAAAUAUAUGUGCAGACAAGGAAUGAGUUUGUGCAACCUGGAGAUGGGGAUGAGGAGGAUGAAGAUGGUGAUGAUAUGCUUGAUAAUACAGGAAUUUCCACUGAAGAUGAGACCCAAACCGGCUGUUUAAAGGAAGUUUUGGAGCAGCUCUUGGAGGCUGUGGUGUCUCACACUGACUCUUCAGGACAUCUGGUCAGUGAACUCUUUCAGAAACUGCCUUCCAAAGUGCAUUACCCUGACUACUAUGCCAUAAUAAAAGAACCAAUUGAUCUUCGAGCCAUUGCUCAACGAAUACAGAUUGGAUACUAUAAAAGUGUCAAUGCUAUGGCCAAGGACAUUGACCUGUUGGCCAAAAAUGCCAAAACUUAUAAUGAACCAGGAUCUCAGGUUUUUAAGGAUGCUAACACCAUCAAAAAAGUCUUCAUCCAGCGGAAGACUGAACUUGAACAUGCUGAGCCCACCAAAACUAGUCUUCGCAUCAGAAAUCGCAGGUCUGCCCAGGGGGAGCGACUCUCUGCCAUCACCCUAUCACUUCAGUAUGGAUCAGAGAGUGAAGAGGACCCCGUGCUUUCUGGCUCUGUGCGCUAUGAUGAAGGGGAGUCAGAGGCAGAGUGCCUGAGUUCCAGUAUGGAUAUAAGCAACCCUAUCUUCCAGCUGUAUGAAGCUGUGAGGGGAGGGAGGAACAACCAAGGCCAGUUGCUCUCUGAACCAUUCCUGCAGUUGCCCUCUCGCAAGGAAUAUCCCGACUACUAUCAGCAGAUCAAACAGCCCGUCUCUCUGCAACAAAUAAGGGAGAAGAUGAAAAAUGGUGAGUAUGAAAACUGUGAGCAGGUAGAAGCUGACCUCACCGUAAUGUUUGAGAAUGCCAAGCGCUACAAUAUGCCUAACUCGGGCAUUUACAAACGAGCUAUCCGACUUCAGCAGAUCAUGCAGUUGAAAAAGAGAGAACUUGUGAGAAGAGAUGACGAGGAUGGAGACAGCAUUCUUUCAUCUGAUACUGGGAGCACCAAGAGGAAAAGUCACAAGAAGAACGUCAAAAAGAACCGAAUGAAGGCCCUGUAUGCGGCGGUGACAGAGGCUAGGGAAGCUGGUACCAACCGACGUCUGUGUGAACUCUUCAUGGUCAAGCCCUCCAAAAAGGACUACCCUGACUACUAUAAAGUCAUUCUUGAACCAAUGGACCUGAAGACCAUCGAGCACAACAUCCGUACUGAGCGCUAUGCAGCAGAAGAAGCUCUGUUUGCCGACAUGAAGCUGAUGUUCCGCAAUGCCAGGCAUUACAAUGAGGAGGGAUCUCAGGUGUAUAAUGAUGCUGACAUUUUGGAGAAGAUAGUGAAAGAUAAGCGGAAGGAGUUAGGACCAGUACCUGAAGAGGAAGAAGUAGGAUCUCCCAAACUGAAACUAAGAAAGAGUGGUGGUGUGUCUCCAAAGAAGUCCAAAUACCUCACCCCUCUCCAGCAGCGGUUAAAUGAGCUCUAUGAUGCUGUGAGAAACUUCACUGACCGCCGUGGCCGGCGACUCAGCACCAUCUUCCUCCGCUUGCCGUCGCGUGCUGAGCUGCCUGACUACUAUGCCACCAUCAAACGGCCCAUUGAUAUGGAGCGAUUGCGGAGUCACAUGGCAGCCGGCCGCUUUCAGGAUGUAGAAGCCCUGGUGGAAGAUUUUGCCCUCAUGUUCAACAAUGCCUGCACUUACAACGAGCCUGAGUCCCUGAUCUACCGGGAUGCUCUGGUGCUGCACCGGGUGCUGCUGGAGACACGCAAACAGCAGGAGGGAGCAGAGGACGCCAGGGAACCUGCUGUGGGCUCCCUGGUCCGAGAGCUGAUCAGGAACUUGUUUGUGUCGGUACUGGGCCACCAGGAUGAGGAGGGGCGCUGCUACAGCGACUCGCUGGCUGAGAUCCCCGCAGUGGACACAGCCAACCCUGAGAAGCAGCCGCUCAACUUUGACAUAAUCAGGGCAAAUGUAGAACGUGGCCGUUACAGGCGUCUGGACGUCUUUCAGGACCAUAUGUUUGAAGUGCUAGAAAAGGCAAGGAAGCUGCACAGGACCGACUCCGAUAUCUUUGAGGAUGCAGUUGAACUACAGCAGUUUUUCAUUAAGAUCAGGGAUGAGCUAUGCAAGAAUGGAGAGAUCCUACUCUCUCCCGCACUCAACUACACCUCAAAACAACUGCACGGCGAUGUGGAUCAGGAGAAGAGGGAGAAAAUCCCCAGGGAGAUUGAGGAGGACAAGCUGAAGAGAGAGGAGGAAAAAAAAGAAAAAGAAGGGGAGAAUGCAGAGGAUCUGCCAGGAGAAGCGUGGCAGUCAGGACCAGAGCGUAUGUACAGUCAGGACUUCAGCUUUGAAAACCGAAACUACCGUGUGGGGGAGUAUGUCUACGUACAGCCUGCGGAGCCAAACCUCAAGCCACACGUGGUCUGUAUUGAGCGACUCUGGGAGGAUAAAUCAGGCGAGAAGUGGCUCUUCGGCUGUUGGUUCUAUAGACCCAGUGAAACCUUCCACUUGGCUACACGGAAGUUCCUGGAAAAAGAGGUCUUCAAGAGUGACUACUAUAACAAAGUGCCCAUCAACAAAGUCCUUGGCAAGUGCAUGGUCAUGUUUGUGAAGGACUAUUUCAAAUUUCAGCCCGAGGGUUACAGAGCAGAGGAUGUUUAUGUCUGCGAGUCCCGCUAUGCUGCCAGGAGUAAGUCCUUCAAGAAGCUUAAGAUGUCGGCUAUGCCUGCGAGCUCUGUAAGAUUUGUCCCUCGGGAAGUGCCGUUGCCCGUGGUGCGCGUUGCUUCCAUGUUUGCCAAGCCUGACCAGGAAAAACAAGUGACGGUGUCGGAUACAGAUAGUGGGAGUUUUAUGGACAAGGAAAAAGAGGACGUCCCAGUGGAGAUGAGUGGAGCUGAGCCUGGCUGUCAGUAUUACGAACAGUUGUGUUACAACAACAUGUGGCUUAAGGUUGGAGACUGUGUUUACAUGAAGUCACAUGGUCUGUCAAAACCGAGGGUUGCCAGGGUGGAAAAAUUGUGGGUGCAGAAUGGAGCAACUUUCUUCUUUGGGCCAAUCUUUGUCCGUCCCGAGGAAACAGAACAUGAGCCCACAAAGAUGUUCUACAAGAGAGAAGUAUUCCUGAGCAAUGUGGAGGAGACUUUGCCUAUGACCUGUGUCUUAGGAAAAUGUGUGGUAUCCUCUUUCAAGGACUACCUGUCCUGCAGACCUACUGAGGUGGCAGAAGAGAAUAUCUUGCUGUGUGAGAGCCGCUACAUUGAGAGUGAGAAGCAGAUGAAAAAGUUUAAAGGCCUGAAACGCUUCUCACUCUCCUCAAAGGUGGUGGAGGAUGAGAUCUACUAUUUCAGGAAGCUGAUUGUGCCCCAGAAGGAAGCAUCCCCCCUGCUGGAUAAGAAGAUUGAGGAGCUAGAGGUUAAAUUGGCCGACAUUGAAGAUGGUGACGAGGACAUGGAGGAAAUGGAGGAUGACGAGGAAGCACCAGAGACACCCUCCAUGCCUCAAAUGCAGACACCUCUGGCUAGUGAUGCGGAAAUCAUGCCAUAUACCCCCUCCCAGUCCACUCCUAAGAUAAAGGGCUUAUCAAAGAAAGAGGGAGCCAAGAGGAAGAUAAACAUGAGCGGUUAUAUCCUGUUUAGUAGCGAGAUGCGGGCAGUGAUCAAAGCAAGACAUCCAGACUUCUCAUUUGGCGAACUGAGUCGUCUGGUGGGCACUGAGUGGAGGAACUUGGAGGCUCCCAAGAAAGCCGAAUAUGAAGAACGAGCAGCCAAAAUAGUGGAGCAUCAGGAGCGGGAGAGGGCAGCCCAGCAGCAGGCUUCCCCUAGAGCAGGUACCCCAGCAGGGGCACUGAUGGGGGUGGUGCCUUCGCCCAGUACUAUGGGAAUGAUAAACCAGACCAUGACGCCUGUGUCAGGCAUGAUGGGAGGUUAUGGCCCACCUUACAUGCCCAUGCAGGGCCCCCAUGAGGGCUUGUUGGGUGUGGCCCCAAUGCCACCUCACUCCCUAGGGGGACCCCCACUGCCUCCUCACCAUCUCCAGCAAGGUAUACCAGGGUACCCUGGCAUACCCCCUCCGGGUAUGAUGAGUCCUGGAAUGAAUGGAAUGGCUGGAGCCCCUGUACCUGGCAACCAAUACAUGCAACAGCCUGGGAUGUUCAGCCCAGGGCAGCAUGCCCCUCCACCAUACCCAGGGCAGGGUCAGCCCUCACAUGUGCAGCCUACUACUCCCCUAUUUGUGGCUCCACCACCUAAGACCCAGAGGGUGCUCCACUCCGAAGCCUACCUCAAGUACAUUGAGGGUUUGAAUUCAGAUUCUAACACUGUCAGCAAGUGGGACCAAACACUCAAAGUGCAAAGACGAGAUGUCCACCUGACCAAAGAGCAGGAGAGCCGGCUGCCAACUCACUGGCUGAAGAGUAAGGGAGCCCACACAACCAUGGCAGAUGCACUGUGGAGACUACGUGACCUGAUGCUGCGAGAUGCUCUCAACAUCCGCCAGACAUACAACCUGUAGAAAACUCAAACCACUUGUAAUCAGCUCACUCAAUGUUCUCAUGAAAUGGACUUAAGGAUACUAGGCCUUAGAAGCAAUAUUUUAAAGUGUGUCAAACAUGGAUUUUAUAUUUAUUAGCAGAAUAAGCUUGGUGUUUUUGAUUUUUUCCCUUCAUUUUUUAAAACUUAGAUGUUACAUUUCUGUACAAAAGAAAUGUCUGUAAAUGGGCACUGCCAAAAUAAAUUUGCUUA